AUGCAUAUAAAGGACAAACCCAGCCAACGCACCAUCACUUCACAUCCAAACCUCAGUAUCGUAUGGAAACUAAAACCGAACAACGAAGAAAACACCAACACUUAUCCACAUAAUGGAUCGCCCUCCCUCGAGUCACCCCUGUACGCGAACGUUCCACUACAUAGUGAUGCUCUUGCUGCAGCCGGUGGCUCUGAGGACCCGGGCUCCCCCCGGGUAAGUGAUUGUGAACUUCCCAUACCAAAAUGGUACUUCCGCUCAAACCUUCCCAGGCAAAUCUACCAAAGAACGCACUACACUUCGAUAUACCCUGCAACACGAACAGGAAGAAAACAACAACCAGUCCCACAUAAUAUAAAGCCCCCCCUCGAGCCAUCCCCGAACAUGAACGUUCCAUAUUUACAUGAUGCACUCAUGACGGCAGAUGGCUCUGAGGAACCGGACAACUAUCCGGUAAGUAAACCCGUAUCAGCAAACCCAGUACAUCCUACUGGCUACCGUCAUUACAGUCCGUCAGAACGAUGUAACAUGGAUCGGACGAAACUACAAAACCCAAAUCGCCAUCCAACCCCAACGGCAAUCGACAGCUACACCAAUGCAAACAGCAAACAACCCAAACAAGCCCCCUUCCCAGAGAAGCCAAACAGUGUAAAUACCAUCAGCAAAAUUCCACAUAAUGGACCGCCCUUCCUCGAGUCACCCCUGCGAACGAAUGUUCCACCUCCCAGUGAUGCUCUCGCCGCAGCUGGUGACUCUGAGGACCCGGGCCCACCCCGGGUAAGCGACCUUUACAACGAUACACCCGAACAAUAUUUCCGCCCAAAAUUUUCCAGACAAACCAACCUGGGAAAACGCUACCCUGGAACACAGCUGACAAGGAAUCAGCACACAAUUCCACAUAAUGGAAAGCCCUCCCUCGAACCAUCCCCGAGCACGAACGUCCCACUUUCCAGUGAUGCACUCGUAUCGGCUGGUGGUUCUGAGGAACCGGGCAUACUCCCGGUAAGCAUGAUCUCAUCAAUACUAAUAGUACACCCUACUGGUAAUCGCCCUCGCAACUCAACAGAUUUCAGCAAUCCCAAACAAUCGGUCAAGCACAGCCGUAUAAGCCCACCUUUCCAACAACCCCCGUUGGACAGCGAUCCUAACCAGAACACACAUAAUCUCGGAUCGGAUAACCCACCGAACACCGACAAAGAAAUAAACACUAACCACGAGAAUCAACAAUCGUCGCCAACACAGCCCCCAUCUAGGCCAGGAACAAACCAACCCCAACAAGCUCCGGAAACUUCGGACUCAGACACCGACAAUGAUCUAAACGACGGGAACCGCAACCAUCCCGAAGCACUGACACUGCAGUGGAAUAUUAACGGCCUUCGCAAAUCUCUCGGAGACCUACAGGUGCUAAUCAACAAACACAACCCGUUGUGCCUUGCACUGCAGGAAACACACUUGGCAGAAACACGCGAUCCUUCCACAUGGCUUGGAAACAGGUACCACUGGGAAACAGCAACAGGAGAAAAUAUCUACCAGACAGUAGCGUUGGGAAUUAGAACGGACAUCCCAUCCACAUCCGUCACCCUGAAUACAGAGCUGCUGGCGGUUGCCAGGAGAAUACACUCACCCACGGACAUCACAGUUGUAUCGAUAUACCUACCGCAAAGAGUAACAGGAAUAAAAAGAAAGAUGCUAAACAUAAUCCAGCAGAUCCAAGGCAACUAUAUCAUAUUAGGUGACUUCAAUGUUCAUCAUCAAGCAUGGGGAUCCCGUACAAGCAAUAAGAGGGGAAUCCAAAUUCUCGAAGCAACAGAAGAAAGUGGAGCGACGAUCAUUAACGACGGAAGCAUGACCUUCUACAGAGGUAAAACCGCAUCAGCAAUAGACCUUUCCAUUGCAUCCAACCCUCUAGCCGAUACUCUAAAAUGGAAAACCAUAAACGACCUCGGACUCAGCGACCACCUGCCGAUAAUCACACAAUCAAGCCAGCCGACCCCCGCUUCCAGUCGGAGGCCUAGGUGGAUUAUAGAGAAAGCUGACUGGGAGAAGUAUGAAGAAGCCAUUGAUAAACAAAUCAACUCGGAACAAUCCUAUAAUCACCUAGAAAUCACGGAUAUAAUAACCAACGCAGCGAAAGCCGCAAUACCGCUAACCAGUGAAAAACCUCCAAAACAGAAAGUAUACUGGUGGAAUCCAGAAGUAGAAGAAGUGAUAAAAAAUCGGAGAAGGGCGCUACGUAAACUACAAAAAACUCCCACAGACCACCCCCCAAGGCUGGAUCGCGAAACAGAGUUUAAAAAACAGAGAAACAUUUCAAGAAAAACCAUAAUUGAAGCCAAAGGUCAAAGCUGGGACCGAUUUAUUGAUGGAAUAUCCCCCGACUCAACCACAGCUGAAAUGUGGCGCCGAGUCAAUGCUCUUAGUGGCAAAAGAGGAAGUAACGAAAUCACCGUAAAAAGUAAUGGGAAACACCUUACCAAACCUGAAGAAGUUGCAAACGAAAUGGGAAAUUACUUCGCAUCCCUAUCAGACGACAAAGCCUUAAAUCCCAACUUUCUAAUCAAAAAGCGAAAAGAGGAAAGAUACAAAACUAUUUUCCCCCCUGAUUCUGGUCAAAACUUCAACGCGCCUAUCUCAGCAGAAGAAUUAACUUACGCACUUGCACAAGGCAAGGGAAAAUCAGCCGGUGAAGACGGGAUAAUAUAUCCACUUCUGCAACACCUGACACUGAAAGGAAAAACAGCGCUACUCAAUUGUUUUAACAAUUUAUGGCAAAAUAGCAGCAUCCCUAAGGAGUGGAAAACCGCUCUGGUAGUACCCAUCCCCAAAAAGUCCGGCACGCACGAAAUACAGAACUUCAGGCCCAUCAGCCUCCUAUCAUGCCUAGGGAAAUCGCUCGAAAGAAUAGUUAACCGCCGACUAUCAGCAUUCAUUGAAAACAAUAAUCUUAUCGACCCCCGGCAGUUCGCUUUCCGGCAAGGCCGAGGCACUGGAACACACCUAGGGACCAUGGGGCAAAUCUUGAAAGAGGCCCAGAAGAAGAACCUACAUGCUGACAUAGCAAUCCUCGAUCUGGCGAAAGCAUUCAAUACAGUAUGGAGAGAAGGAAUCCUCCGUACCCUCAAACAAUGGGGCAUCACCGGCCAAAUGGGAAAUUUCAUCAAAAGCUACCUUCAAGACAGAAAUUUCAAAGUCAUAAUCGGCAACACCACCUCUAAAACAUUUCCAGAGACAAACGGCGUCCCCCAAGGCUCCGUCUUAGCUGCCACGCUAUUCAUAAUAGCAAUCAACCCACUAUUAGACCAUUUCAGCAGGGAGACCAACAUACUCGUCUACGCCGACGAUAUCGUGAUAAUAACAGUAGGAAAAAGAAUAAUUCAAACAAGGAGAGCCCUACAGAAACUAAUAAACAGAGUGAUCAAAUGGACAAAAGUAACUGGAUUCCAAACAGCUCCGGAAAAGUGCGUUCUCGCACACUGCUGCAACUCACAUCAUAUAGCAGCAAACAAUCCCAUUAAAAUUAACAACACAAAUAUCCCGUUCAAAACUCUGCCUAAGAUACUUGGCAUCACAAUAGACAGGAAACUCACUUUCACCCAACACUUCAAACUGCUGAAAAAGGACUGUGAAAGCCGCCUCAGACUCAUUAAAGCCAUCUCAAGUCGCAACCCCAAGUGGAACAGAAAUACGGCGAUAAAUAUCAGCAAUGCCAUCAUAAACAGCAGACUGUUUUACGGGGUAGAAAUUACCUGUCUGAACCGGCAUGGAACCAGAAAAGUAAUUGAACCGACUUAUAACAGAUCCAUCAGAAUAGCCAGUAACCUGCUCCCAAGCACACCAGCAGAUUCAGCGUGCAUGGAGGCUGGAGUGCUGCCUUUUCGCUUGAAAGAAGCCGUAACAACAUACCGCCGGAUCACUGGUUUCAUCGAAAAAUCAAGUGGAAAUCAAAACAUACUUCAGGAAAUACUUAACGAGAUACACCGAGAACUUGACAUCUCAUCCCCCAUACACAUAGCAAAGCUCCAUAACCUGAGAACCAGGGAAUGGGACACACCAGAACCAAAAGUUGACACUUGCCUCACCCGCUUCGUAAAAGCCGGACAAGCUCCUACAGCAGCCAAAAACCACUUUAAGGAACUGAUGAACAGGAAAUACCAAAACCACACCCACAUAUACACGGACGGAUCCAAGAACAACAACGGAGUAGGUUUAGGCAUCUACCUACCUAACAGCAACGUCAGCCUCAGCCUGCACAGACAAUGCACAGUUUUCUCCGCAGAAGCCGCGGCAAUUGCAUACGCAAUAGUAAACAAACCCACAGCCACCCCGACAGUCAUCUUCACCGACUCACUAGCCGCACUCACAGCAAUAAAGGCUGGCAAAGCAAAACACCCCUUCAUACAAUACAUCCAGGAAAAUAUCGAGGAAAACGUUACACUAUGCUGGGUGCCUGGGCACUGUGGCAUUACCGGCAACGAAAAAGCAGAUCGACUAGCAGCAAUCGGAACCCAAACCAGACGUAAAAUAACAAAGGAAAUACCUGGUUCUGAUCUGAUAAGCAUUAUAAACGAACAGGCUCGGUACAGUUUCAUUAACCAAUGGAGGAGAACACGCGGAAACCUGCAUAAAAUCAAAGGAGUUCUCACGAAAUGGAGCGACAGAGAAAACCGUUGGGAACAACGUGCUCUCUCCCGUCUAAGAACCGGACAUACCCGAGUCACCCACCAGCAUAUCUGCACGAAUGUGCCACCACCAGAAUGCCUGACCUGUAAAACCCGACUCACGGUAGAACACAUUCUCAUCAACUGUCCGGAAUACGAAGGACCGAGGAUCUUCUACAACAUGUCAACGUCCUUAAGGGAAACACUAAGUAACGAUCCGGUUCGAGAACAAGUGUUAAUAAAUUUCCUGAAAGAUGCACAGCUAUUCGAUGAAUUAUAA